CUGUGCUGGACGGUGUGCUGGUAAGUUUGGAGGAGGGGUUGCAGUAAAUGUUUCGUUGAGUUGUAAGUUGAGAGGUUGGAAGGUCGGGAGGUUGUAGCUUGAGGCCGUCGUCGUCGAUUCAUUUCUCCGAAGCGGAAGGCGGCUUAUUCUUCAGAGACACAGCUCAACCUCCAACUUCUGAACAACAUCCUAACAACUUCCUGACAACCUCAACCGCACUAUACAACACUCCUCUAACCUCACCGUGCGAUAUUCCUACGUUUACGUGUCCUUCUGCCUCGAAUUGGCCCCCUCGAUAUUCAGAUACGGUCAUGGUUGGGAAAUGGGCACCCUGAUCACUGCCCUGCCUACUCCCACCAACAGAAGGCGUUCCAUGUGAUAGCGUCGCCCAGAAGCCACCCUAGACACCUUUGGACCGGACGAAAGAGCAGGCUUUGGGAUUAAUAACUAAGUCAAGAUGAGUUCGAGCGGGGGAGAUGCGAGGCUGUUUGCAAGGGGCAAAGUCGCGGAGCUCCGUCAGGAGCUCAACAGCGGCGGCAAGAAGGAUCGAAACCACUCUGCGAAGAAGAUUACGUUGAAGAAGAUCGUCGCCAAUAUGACUAUGAGCAAUAAUGAUAUGGUUGCGCUUUUCCCCGACGUGAUUGGCUGUAUGAAUAUUCCGAGCUUGGAGAUUAAGAAAAUGUGCUUUUUAUUUCUCGUCAACUACGCCAAGUCGAAGCCGGAUGUAGCUCUUAAUGCUCUACCAAUUCUAAUCAAUGACAUGGAGGAUUCGAAUCCCCUCGUGCGGGCGCUUGCCUUGCGGACAGUAUCUUAUAUUCAUGUCCCCAAGUUUGUUGAAGCGACGCUCCAGCCGCUUAAAUUCCUAUUGGGGGACGACGACCCCUAUGUUAGAAAGACUGCUGCUUUUUGUGUUGCAAAACUAUACGACCAUGACCCGAGGCUCGUGGAGAAGUCCGACUUGAUCUAUCGACUGAAUGAAAUGCUCAAGGAUGAUAAUCCCACUGUCGUAUCGAGUGCUCUAGCUGCACUCACUGACUUGUGGGAACGAAGCGAGUCUAUUCAGCUUACGAUUGAUUAUAAGAGUGCAUCUAAAAUAAUUUCCAUCUUGCCAGAUUGUUCCGAAUGGGGCCAAACAUACGUGCUGGAAGCAUUAAUGUCUUACGUGCCGCAGGAAUCAGCAGAAGCGCUUCUCUUGGCCGAACGAAUCGCACCCCGUCUAUCGCAUUCCAAUUCAGCCGUUGUACUGACCUCUAUCCGGGUUAUCCUUUAUUUGAUGAAUUAUAUAUCAGACCAGAAGCAGAUUACCUCCCUUUCACGAAAGCUUUCUCCACCCCUGGUAACCCUUUUAUCCAAAGGGCCAGAGGUUCAGUAUCUCGCACUACGAAAUGCCAUCUUGAUAUUACAGCGGCGACCUGAAGUAUUGCGAAACGAUAUCCGCGUGUUCUUUUGUAAAUAUAAUGACCCGAUUUAUGUCAAAGUGACAAAAUUAGAGUUAAUCUUCAUGCUGGCGACAAAAGAUAACAUUUCGGUGGUUUUAACUGAGCUGAAAGAAUAUGCCACCGAGAUCGAUGUCCAUUUCGUUCGCAAAGCCGUGCGUGCGAUUGGUAAAUUGGCAAUCAAGAUUGAAUCAGCCGCGAGGCAAUGUAUUGAAACGCUAAUCGAUUUGGUGAAUGCUAAAAUCCCAUAUAUCGUUCAGGAGGCCACCGUAGUCAUCCGAAAUAUAUUUCGAAAAUACCCGAAUCAGUACGAAGGGAUUAUUGGCACUGUUAUCCAAAACAUUGAUGAGCUGGACGAGCCAGAAGCCAAAGCUGCAGUUAUCUGGAUUAUUGGCCAAUAUGCUGACCGUAUUGAAAACUCAGACGGCUUCCUCCAGGACUAUCUCGCAACUUUCCACGACGAAACCGUCGAGGUCCAACUUGCCCUCCUCACCGCUACUGUCAAACUCUUCAUCCAGCGCCCGACAAAAGGCCAACAGCUUGUCCCUCAGGUCCUGAAAUGGUGCACAGAAGAAACCGAUGACCCAGACCUCCGCGAUCGCGGCUACAUGUACUGGCGACUCCUCUCCACAGACCCCAAUGCUGCACGUGCCAUCGUAAUGGGCGAGAAACCCCCCAUAACCGCCGAGAGCGAAAAGCUGAACCCUGCCACUCUCGAAGAGUUAUGUCUCAACGUCGGAACACUCGCAACCGUCUACCUAAAACCCGUCCAACAUGUUUUCCGCAACGCGAGACCCAGACGCCUAGCUCCCAGUCCGGCGCUGCAAAGCCCACCACCAGACAAGCCUAGAGGCCUCCCUCUGACCCUCCAAGAGCACCAUAAUAUUCCAUCCAACGCCGCCGCCGCCACAUCAUCAGGUACCGCUGGUAAAGGUGACCUCGCCGCUGCUGUGAACGCCGCGGAUGAGUAUUUCGCCACGGUUGGACCGCAGCAGAUCGCGGCUAUGAACCUCAACAACGGCGUUGGUGGGGGCGGUGCGCCACAGACUCAGUAUGUGGUCAAUCAGAAUCAGCAGCAGGCGUAUGGACCCGGGGUUCCUGGUGGAGCGGUGACGGGAGAGCUACUUCUCAUUUGAGACCGGAUAAAAGACCACGAGAGGAGGAAGAACCAAUUUGGAUUUAUUUGGAUUGGGAUAGACUAGGGAAGGCCUUUGGAUGCCAUGUGCUUUUUGUUGCGUGCCUUUUGGCCUUACGUCCUUUUGGCCCAUGUGGAAUGUAUCCCGAGAAAGCAUUCAUUCGCAUAAUUUUUGUUGGAUCGUCCCAUAUGUAAUGUAGAGGCAACCAACCCCCUUUUCCCCCAUUUUUUCAAAGAUGUACGGUGCUUUUCUGUCUUUUCUUUCUUCUGGUCCUCCCUUACGAUUGUAAUUUUCUCGUCGUUUAUACUUUUUAUAUUUCUAUUUUGGUUUAGUUAUGUACGACCAUGCUUAUUUUAUAUACUCCGCACUUCUCCAGUCAGUCUUUUUUCGUUCUUAACGCCACGAAGACUUGGCUCAAAAAUAUCCGCACGCCAACGACUUCAGUGCAUAUUGAUACUCGAUAAAAGAUGACGAGAACUGUCAAUGGGAGGACGCCUAAUACCUACUUCCUACUUCUCCCGCUUACCAUUCUCCAGCUCCACCUCCUCGCAUGCCUUCACAAAAAUCUGCACAAAGUUCCACACGUCCACAAAGGUAUUAUACAACGGUGCCGGUGCAACACGAAUCACAUUCGGUUUCCGCUCAUCCACCACAACCCCACUAGCCAUCAGCCGCGAGAAGACACCAUCCAGUAUAUCCCCACGUAGCAGGAUGCUUAGCUGCGCACCUCGCUCCAUCGGGUUCGAGGGAGUGAUUAUGGAGAAGAGUUUGGGGCCUGAUGAUUCUGGUUGCGGACAGGCUUUUAGCAGGAGAUAUUCCAUGUAGGCGGUUAGCUGGAGGGAUUUCUGGCGUAGGGCGGGCAUCGUGGCGGCGGAGAACAUCUCGAGGGAGGCAAGUACGGCGGACAGGUCGAGGGCGGAGGGGUUGGAGAGCUGGAAGCCUGCGGCGCCAGGGCGAGGGACGAACCCUGUAUAGUUUUGAGGCACUUAUUAGUUUACGGGGACUCAUAGUUUUUCAGUUGUGAGGAGCGGAGGUGUAAUGGGAGGCUUUAUCGUACUGUUAUCCAUCUCGAACCUAGUCUGCUUAUCUCCUCCCCACCAUCCUGACAAGCGCGGUCUGUAACCUAGCCCAGACGAACUACUAUUAUCCACGGCUCCGUAUCGCUCAUGCACGAAUAAUCCGGCCAUCGAACCAGGGCCGGAGUUCAUAUACUUGUAGGUACACCAUGCAGCAAAAUCGACUUUCCAGUCAUGCAACUUCAGCUCGACGUUGCCGACGGCAUGCGCGCAGUCCCAGCCAAUAAUUAUGUUCUUCGAGUGCGCGUGCGCGGUGAUUUUUGCGAUGUCGAAGUAUUGCCCAGUGUAAUACUGGAUGCCAGGCAAAAGGAUCAGAGCAGUGCUCGCGGCAUGUUGGUUAAUUACAGAGAUGAUCCUCUCGGUGGACAGGAGUGGAUGCGAGGAAUCUUCUGGCUCAAUUAGGAUCAUGGCAUUGUCGGGAUCGAGGUUAUGGUGCCGGAUUUGGGAUUCGACGGCGAACUGCCAGAGAGAGAAAGGGUUAGUUAGUCCUUUUAUGUAUACGAUGCAAAAUAUACGGAUUUCAUAAUGUUCGUCUUCUCAAUGGCCUACAUGAUCACUAGGAAACGCUUUCCCCUCCAAGAUAAUCUUAUACUUCUCCGCCGUCGGGCGAUAGAAGCUCGCCAUGAGGAGAUGUAGGUUUGUAGUCAGCGUGCCCAUGACGGCCACCUCGCUUGGCAAGGCGCCCACCACUGGCGCCAUCAGAUUUGCUGCCCUUGUAUCUAUAUCGACGAAGGGGGGCAUGAGCUCAUCUUCAUGCGGUGUGAAGUGGCCCAGCACGGCCUUGGUGGCCCAGGUUUGCAGGAAGCGAUCCACAUACGUGCGGGUGCUCUUGGGCUGGAGGCCCAGAGAGUUGCCGCAGAGAUACGUGCAUUGCGAAGAAGCUGUUUUAUCUUCUUUUGGAGAGUUAGCAUUUACUGAUUUUCUGAUAUUUUUUUAUGUGUUCUGCAUGUAGGAGGGGAGAAAAAGUUGCGCCGGUGGGACGACGGGAAUUGAUUGGUGAGCUCAUACCUUCUGCGCUUGCGAUGAUCGUCUUCCUAGUCAAGUCUUGCUUGGUUGGGAUGAUGAACUGCUCUCGAAAAUGUGCAAGAGAGUCCUUCGCGUCUAGAGAUUCUGCGAAUUCUUUCUUCGUGACGUUUGCAUCUUCUUUCGAUGGAAAGGUGGGGGAGUCUUGCGGGGAUGACAUUGUGUGCGGCGCGGCGUUUUUGCUUUUUUUUUUUUCUCUCUUUUACGGCGUUUUGGCCGGCUUAUUUUCCUUAUCAAAACUUGACCACUGCGCCGGGGGCCUUGAAGACCAUUUGUUUCAUACCUCGAAUUGCGCCAAAACCUCUGAUUGUUGCGCUGUUGUAAAGCUGCGGGGGGAGACGAUUUUGGAGCGGAAACUAAUUAGUAAGGUUUGGAGUCUAGACUAUAUUUAUUAUGUGGACCGGAAUCUCCUGCCUUUUCUGACCAGAUACCAAGUGAUAUAUAACUACGGAGUAGAGGAUAACUCGCUGUUAUAUUUACUGUAUACGUGUCUGCUUGAAUGAAGUUUUGUAAAUAACACAUAUUUAAAACACCUCAUAUUUAUGCUAUAACUACAGCUAAAACCCCAGCUUGAACCCAACAGAUGAUGGCACCAGGCGACCUGGCAUUUCCUUUUCAAUUUCAUAUUUGACUCUCCACCCAGAGCAAUGACCAGGCAAUAGCACUUUGGGAUCUAGCUCUUUGAGACCUUUCACAGUGGCAUUCAUUUGAGCCUUGUCGCUCAUUGCUAGAUGGUAGCCACCAAAAAUGGCGUACACGGGGUGGUCCUUACCAAUCAACUCAAUGGCGUGUCUUGUUGCGUUUACAAUGCCUGCGUGGCUGCAUCCGCUGAAUACCACGAUUCCCUUUCCUGGAGAUAUUUAGUAGGUACCAUUGGAUGCGAGGAGAUUCAAGGCAAGUCACAAGAAACGUCGUGGAUGGGCAGGGAGAGAUAACAACAGACCUUUGAUAUUACAAGCGAGAAAACGCUCGUCCACAAUCAGUUCAUCACUAUCCCACUUCCCAGCGGCUUGGUCGAACCGAACUCCAUAUUUCAGCCCCGUCUCAUACUCCGUCUUGCGGGGUAUUUCUCCCGAGAUAAGAAACAUGUUACCCAGAACAGUAUGCGUUUCGUCGUGAUUCUCUACUUUCGCGCCGGCCUGUUCUAUUUCUUGAAAGGUUGGAUCGGCUUCCAAAGACACAAUCUCUUU